GAUUUUAGUCGGAUUUAGACUUACCCAAGAGAACAAGUCUAAAUCCGACUUAAACCUUAAGGUAACAAUUAACUGCAUGUUGAUACUGAGUAGUGUUGAUUUGAGUUUUCCCCCCAAUAUUGAGCCCCAAAGCUUCUUUCAACCGUACCGUAUUUGCCCGUAACUCACUACUCGCCAUGGCGGAGCUUGCCUUGCUGUCCAGUGUCGCGGGGCUGUUCUCACUUGGCAUCACAGUAUCCCGAGGAAUUCUACUGUACUACGACGCAUAUCGCAGCUCUCACAAAGACAUCGAUACCAUGUGCGAGUCGAUCGAGUCGCUGGGAAAGACUCUCGUUGCGAUUCUGACCAUGACGAAGGGCCGGGAUCUCAGUGGCACUGUGCUCGAGACCGUCACCAGCAGCAUUCGAUCUUGCCAAGCAGGCAUCGAGGAUUUGAAAAAGAAGCUGGACAAGGUCAAAAUGCUUGCACCUGAUGGCACUUGGAAGACUCUGGCGGCAAAUGCUAAAAAGAAGGCUACUUAUCCUUUUAGGGAAAGUACUUUGGUGAAGCUCCGAGAGAUUUGUAGCGAGUUGAAGGAUAAUCUUGCGCUGGCAAUCGAUGCGCUUCAGAUAGAUAUGGCGACUAUCGCAUUGCAGCGACUUGAAAGUGUGGAUUUGGCGACUAUAGCAAUCCAGAAGGAUUUGGAACGGCUAGAGGGCGAAAUAUCUGCUACGAACUUUGGUGUAUAUUCGCUUGUCACAUCUCAAGAAAGAGAGCUUCUGGCGAAGAUUUAUGCUUGGCUGACGCCUCUCUCGACCGUUUUCAACAACAAACAGAGAGAUACUCUUGCUACUAAGACACGACAAGAUGCAGGUGCUAGAGCUUUACUCGAGACAGAAGAAUUUAAGAUUUGGAAGAAAGCGCCCGGCACAAUACUGUGGUGCAUUGGAAUGCCUGGGACAGGUAAAACUGUUAAUAUGGCUUUCAUAAUUGAAGCGUUGCUUCAAAAGCGGAAAGCCGAUGCGUUCGGCGUCGCUUUCAUAUAUUUUAGCUACAAAGACGGAGAAAUUCAGACACCAGUCAACCUAAUGGCUAGUCUCCUGCAACAACUGGUGUCACAGAAGUCAGAGUACCUCCAAGAUCUCAAGAGUUUAUACAACAAGCACGUUCGAGAGAACACGCGGCCUGACGUGGGGGAAAUCUCGGAUCUACUUCUACCCAUCAUAUGGAGCUUCCCCAAGGUCUUCAUUAUCAUUGAUGCUCUUGAUGAGUGCUCCGAUGCGGACGAUGUGCGAUUCAUUCUUUUAACCGAGCUGAAGAAAUACAAGAGUCGAGUGUGCCUGCUGAUCGCCUCGCGACCACUUCCAAAGCUUGAAGAGGGACUCGAGGAUGCCGUUCGUGUCUAUGCGAAGGCCAGUGAAUCUGACAUCAAAAAUUAUCUCGAACAGCGACUUGCAAGUGUUAAAACUAUGCAGAAGCAUUUUAUUGACGAGCCUUCACUCAAGAGCACGAUUGUCUCAACAAUCAUCCUGAAAAUCAGAGGCAUGUUUCUCAUGGCUCGUCUAUAUUUGGAUACGUUGACGACCAAGAUAACCCGCCGCAAGAUCAAGUCCGCUCUGGAUAAUCUUCCGGAAGGUCUAGAUUCCAUCUACGACGAGCUAAUGGAGAGAAUUAGACUCCAGAAUCCUCGUGAUCAUGCUGAUUUAGCAAUCAGAGUUCUCGGCUGGAUCUUCUUUGCCGUACGUCCCCUCACCGUGCAAGAAGUUCAGCACGCUUUAGCUAUCGAGGAGGGAGAUCGGGACCUCGACUGCGACGGAAUACCAGAUACCGAACUCCUCGUCUCCGUCUGCGUCGGAAUGGUUGUCAUCAACCGCGAGAGCGAUACCGUCACAUUAGUCCACUACACUGCACAGGAAUAUUUUCAGCGGGGGAAGAAACACGUGUUGGAGCACGCAAACAUGGAUAUAGCUCGAACUUGCCUGACCUAUCUCCAAUUCGACAACAUCAAUCUCGACACAGACCAUUCGCCCAAUAACAUAGCACGUAUGCUCGGCGAGCAUACCCUCUUGGGCUAUGCAGCUCAGCAUUGGGGUGACCACGCGCGACAAGCCGACGAUGAUCAAAUUACUCAGUGUAUUGUCAGACUUCUCGGAAGUCAGACCAGGGUUCGUCUUCUCGUGCACGCGAAAGACUACGCCGACAACCAUUCAAAGGGCACCUACUUCAAGCCUAGGCAUAACGUAGAUGGCUUGUCUCUGGCAUCUUCUUUCGGCCUGGCCUCUGCAGUGUCAGCAUUGCUCCAGUCAGGAUCAGACAUCGACUCAGCCGAUUCGAAUGGACAGCGGGCUCUCUACCGCGCAGUGGGAGGCGGACAUAUGAAAACUAUACAAAUUCUCCUCGACAAAGGUGCCGAGAUCAAUGCAAAGGAUAGAAUUGGCUGGACAGCUCUCCAUCUAGCUUGUUCCAAUGGUCAGACCGAGCUUGUGCGCUUGCUGCUCCAAAAAGAUGCCGACAUAAACAUCGUCGACGGAUAUAAAGCGACGCCUCUCUACCGCGCAGCUGAGUCUGGCUCCGAGGCCGUUGCAGAUCUAUUGUUGAGUAAACAGGCAGAUUUGUCUAUCAAAAGCAGUUAUCUACAGACCGCGCUGCAUCGGGCUGCAGAUCGCGGUCAUGCUGGAAUUGUGCAGCUGCUUCUGAGAUAUGAAGCUGAUGUCGCUGCGAAAGAUCAUUAUGGUUAUACGGCUUUCUAUCGAGCAGCUGACCAAGGAAAUGAGGAAGUGGUGCGGAUUUUGAGAGCGCAUAUGGAUCGCAUUUGAAACCAAAUUGCUCAACGAAGAAGCAAGAACGUGGAGAUUUAAUUGGAGGCCCUCGACACCACGAGCGAAUCAGAAGACUCGAAGAGCACCAUGCAGGUUUCAGUCCAAUUGAACACUACAUCCAGUCCCGAACUCGCCAAGACGAAGGCUGUACUGUUCUCCAGACCAGACUGGAGAGAUCCUGCACCCUUCUUGGGCCAUCCUCGCCAAUUAUGGUGUUGCAUCAUCGACUUUCUCAACAGCGAAAGCAUCACGUCAUUAGCUCUCUGCAACAGAGAGCUGUACGAGAGUCUCAUACUAGCAAUGUCCCUACGUGUUUGCCGGAACGAACAUGCAGGAUGAAGCAACCCUCUCAGCACCGGGCGCGUCGGAAUCUUUUCCAACUACUAGAAAGGGAUCACGAUAUUUUUUCGGCAUAUUUACUCCUCUUAAUCGUGAGAACAAUGAUCCUGCCACUGUUGAGUGUAAAGCCAGAGAAGAAUGUGAGAAUCAAAAGUACUGCUACGGCGACUGGAAGAUCAAGAACGAACUCAUAUCAAGCCAUGAACGUUCGCGUCGAGAGGAACAACGCCGCAGUACCUCCCGCUACAUGUAUGAACAGAAAGGCUACUACACUACGGAACAGCCACGAGACACGGACCGGAUAUCAAGCUGGGUUAUUGGAUGGAAAGAAUUUGGGCGGAAGAGCUGGGCGGUGACGAUGUACUGGGUGGUUGUCGGGGACUGUGUUCCAGGAUCCAUUCGUUGGGAGACAAUAAACACACAACAAGUUGUCCUUUAUACACCCCCGUUCCUUCCUAUCGGUGAAAUAAGAAGCGCUGUAACCAAGACAACGAAAUAUGGAAGACUUAUGAGGGGGAGGACAUUUUCGACCCAGUGUCUCUCCUGACUAAAGAAAACAAGAGGUUGCUGCUGUCGAAGUCCCCUUCUCCUCAAAACGAGGUCACAAGAUAAUACUGCAAUUGGUCGUGUCAUGGUGCAAUAUCUUCUUCAGGUAGUUUUUCUUAGGCAUUGCUCCAUAGAACCAUAAAGAAGAUAUUUUCCAUUUGCAAUAUAUUCAAGUAGUUUUCACAAAAUACCUGUCUACCUUUUUCAUCAUGGAAACAUAACUUCAUCCAGC